AUUAUGUUGAACUUCUGGUUUGCUUUUAACCCAUGUAAAUACUGGACAGAACACACCUCUUGGUUAAGAAAUCCCCGAUGCUGAGUUGUUUCAGCCAUGGUUGGGUUUAUAAGUUGAAUGUGUUCAGAUGAUAAUGGUUAAAAAGCAUUAUUAAAUGCAUGUGAGGUAAGCCAAUUUGGAUAUAGUAAUUGAUCAUUAACUGGUUUGUUGUUUAUAUUUUAAAAAUCUUUCUGCCAGAUGAAGCAUGUAGGAAUGUAUCUUGUUUGGCCAGGAUCUUUUGCAAAUCCUAUGCAAAUCUUUUUCUUCUAAUGCAAAAAAAAUGUUCAUUUUGAAAGUCAAAUCUGUCUGAAACUCAAAUAAGAAUUCCAACAGACCUGACUUAGAGAAAACAAGAGAAUUUACCAAGACAUCAGGAUCGAAUUUGAGCUCAAGACAGAGGCACAGUCAUGUUUGCAAUUAUUCUGAUUGUGUCAAUGUUUAGCCAAGGUCUCACAAUAGUGAGCUACGGUAACAGUUUCAUCACAGCAUUUCCAGAGAACUUGGGUUACUAUUACACAGACACUUCUAGAAGUCUGAGAGUCACCGCCCUACAUGAAGACACUUCUGUCUACAUUUUCUACAACGGCAGCAGCACACCAACAAAGACGCUAUCAAACAUGCAGAAAGGCGAAACCACACUUGUGUUGUUUAAAAAAUCUGCUGAAGUAUAUCAACUCGACUACGCCACACAAUCUAUCCGAAUUAACAGUACCAAAAACAUUGUAGUACAUUCUGGCAGUAAUACAUAUGACGGAGUUAAUAAAAAAAGUGUCCAGACCAAUGUUGUUCAACCUGAUGAAAAUCUUGACACACAUUAUUUGAUCCCUUCGCUGAACUACACAGACCUUCUUGCAACGUUUGGCAUAUCCCAGCCAGACAUCGCUUCCAACAGAUACGGCUCAUUCAGACUGAUUAUCAUCAAUGCAGAGGACACAGAAAACAAUAUCACGAUAGUCAAAAACAUAUCAGGCAGCAUUCAAUUAGAAAGCUUCAUGAUCCCAUCAUACCAACUCAUCCAGUUGCAGGCUGAUGCUUCACUGAUGAUGGUUAACUCGAGUAGUAAAAUAGCUGUGCUGUUGACUCACCCGUGUCUAGAAAAACCAGACUGUAAAUGCAGCAUGAUAGUCAAUCAGAUUCUUCCUGUGAGAUUUCAGGGUCAGAACUUUGUUGUGCCCUCAUUUCCAGGUAUUACCCAACGACAGUUAUUUACGACAUCACGUGACAAGGCAAUCUCGCUCUCUCAAAACAAUACCAACUUAAUGCCCAACUUAUCAGGGCUUCGGUCAAUUUCAGAUCCAAAUAAAUCCCAAUAUGUAACCGCAUCGAGUAACGUGUCUCUAAGACUGAUCAGUCCAGGACUUUUCAUUGAAUUGAUCCCAGAAAGCAUGUUUGCCGCAUGCUACCUGCUGCAAUUCUAUACAAACAUUAACAGGAAGGCCAUUGUGAUUGCUAAAACUGAGAGCAAAGAUAAAGUGCAUGUGGGUAAAAAUACACUUCAAAAUCCUGGGUGGACUGAGAUUCCUGACACAGAGUACUCUUCAGCUACAGUCAUUUUAUCGUAUGCAUUUACAGUUAUCUGGCAUCCAAGCUCAAAGAUUGCGGUUUAUAUACUGGAAGAUACUCUACAGACAAUUUAUGGAGGCCCAGCUAUACCUAUUAACGAAAAACCGGAUAAGUCUGGCUGUGUGGUGAUUCCUGGAGAGUUUGAAGUCAGAAAUCAAUCUCUUAAAUGGACUGAGUCCCUACAUUUCUGUGAAAGCAAACUAAGAGAAUUUGCCGCUCCUACAGAUGAAGGCCUCCAGAUGGAUUUGGCCAGUGGUGUUGAUACAACAGAUGCGGAGGGUUGGAUCGGUCUACGCCGUAGUCUAAUGACCACAGAGUGGUACUGGAAGAAUCAAACAUCAUCACCAUCACCACCUGUGACUUAUGUUAACUGGGCCGACGGGCAACCACAGGACAUGACGGGCUUUUGUGCUUCAUUGUCACUGGAUGGUUCAGAUGAUUUCAAAUGGAAAAGUACAAACUGCUGCGAGGAAAAGUUUCCUAUCUGUUACAAGCCCCCAACAACCAUGAUUCCUUUAGCCCAGCCAUAUAACACAGAAAUCAUUCCUUAAGUUCUCAUUUAUAUUUAAAGCACCAAAAUAUAUAAUUGUGUUUUUUAAUAACUACCUGUUGUCCUAACUGAUAACAAUCUUUGUAGUUUCUGGUGGGAGAUACUAAAAAUCUAUGUUGUACACUAUUAGAAAAUUAUUCCUAAUACAUUUUUCAAGGGAAAUGCAUUUGUAAUGCCAGUAGGCUACAGAGACAGGUUUUAUGUGUGCUUCAAAUAUUGUAUGAAUUAGCAACAAGAAAAUAAGAUUAAUCAGCAUAUUUAUGACUUUAUUAACUACUUGUCAUGUGCACUUAAACCAUGAGAAGCGUUCAUUUAGUAAAAGGUAAGCAUAUUUACACUAAAAUUGUAGGUUUUACCUCGUUAUUAUAACUUCACAGUACUCACUGGGUCCUUUUAUUAUAUUAAGGCAUGAUUAUGUAAAGCUGCUUUGAUACGAUACAUGCUGUGAAAAGCGAUAUGCAAAUAAAAUGAUUUAAUCAUGUUGUUAUUAUGUGUAACUGUCCCUGUGUUUCAGUCGGAA